GACGUCACUGAAACGACUGUUUUAACACGUUACAUUGUUAUCAGUUAAUUAUCACGGUAACCAGGGUCUCACUCGCCACCCACGGAUUAGCGUUCUACCCGGAAGCUUGGUAGUGUAGGAAUUUCCGGUGACGUCAGAGCGUGAGGACUCCAUUAGAGCUGCAGCUGUUUUGAGAGAAACAACAACAAAAAAAAAAAAAAAAAUAUCUGACAGCCGACUUCUCGUAGUGACAGUCCUUCUCCGCAGACACACGACGAGAGGCCCCUCAAUCCUGGAAGCUUGACCCCCUCAUUUCCCACCCGGAGCUCCGCCGGCUUCUAACCACGGCCGCUCUCGGUGAGGAAACUCUGGCCUCCGCUUCCUCCUCCUCCGACUCGGACACCGGCGGAGCGUCGCCGCCCCCGCGGAAGAAGCACCGAGCCUCGGCGGCGGAGGGAGCAGGAGAGCCCGAGGCUUCAGCGGCUAUCACAGGCCUGUCCGGACUCGUCUCAGCACUCGCGUCUCACUCUUCUCACUCCCAAGCCACAUCAACCAUCCACUUUAACCGAAGUGUUAACAACAAUCUCAGCAGCAGCAUGCAGGCAAACGGGGCAGGACAGGGGCAAGAAACAUCAGAUAAUUCCUGCUUAAAUAACGCACAAAACGGGGAGUCAUCCUCGGCCGGGGGAGCGCACUCCAACGGGCUUCUCCCCGGCACAGACACCACCAGUGUCGGCUCCAGCAACGGGGCUUCAACCGGGCCCGCGUCGGGGGCUUCUGGCUCGGAGCUCGGGUCUUUGAAGAAGAAAAAACGACUCUCACAAGCGGAGGAGGAUGUCAUACGAUUAAUAGGACAACACCUCCAUGGACUGGGGCUGAAUCAGACAGUGGACCUGCUGAUGCAGGAGUCAGGCUGCAGACUGGAACACUCCUCAGCUACCAGGUUCCGCAACCAUGUCAUGGAGGGAGAGUGGGACAAGGCUGAGAAUGAUCUCAAUGAGCUGAGAGCACUGAUGCAUUCUCCCAAUGCCAUUGUGCGUAUGAAGUUCCUGUUGCUGCAGCAGAAGUACCUAGAAUAUCUGGAGGAUGGCAAAGUCCUGGAGGCUCUACAGGUGCUCCGGGGAGAGCUGACGCCACUCAAGUACAACACAGAUCGCAUCCACGUACUUAGCGGGUACCUUAUGUGCAGCCAUGCUGAGGACCUGAAGGCCAAGGCAGAGUGGGAGGGCAAGGGCACCGCGUCACGCUGCAGACUGCUGGACAAAUUACAGACAUACCUACCACCUUCUGUGAUGCUGCCCCCUCGGCGGAUGCAGACCCUCCUGCGGCAAGCAGUGGAGCUGCAGAGGGACCGCUGCCUCUAUCACAACACCAAGCUGGACAGUAGUCUGGACUCGGUCUCUCUCCUCCUCGAUCAUGUCUGCAGCAGGAAGCAGUUCCCCUGUUACACUCAACAGAUUCUGACAGAGCACUGCAACGAGGUGUGGUUCUGCAAAUUCUCAAAUGACGGCACCAAACUAGCCACCGGCUCCAAAGACACUACAGUCAUAGUUUGGCAAGUGGACCCGGAGAGCCACCAGUUGAAGCUGCUGCGAACCCUUGAGGGUCAUGCAUACGGUGUCUCCUAUUUAGCCUGGAGUCCCGACGACACCUACCUGAUCGCCUGUGGACCCGACGACUGCUCUGAGCUGUGGCUCUGGAAUGUUCAGGUAACAUUCAUACACGGGGAGCUGCGGACCAAAAUGUCCCAGUCCCAUGAAGACAGUCUGACCAGUGUGGCAUGGAACCCCGAUGGCAAACGCUUUGUGACCGGAGGACAGAGGGGGCAGUUCUAUCAGUGUGACCUGGACGGUAACUUGUUGGACUCCUGGGAGGGCGUGCGAGUGCAGUGCCUGUGGUGCCUGGGUGAUGGCAGAGCAGUGCUGGCUUCAGACACCCACCAACGUAUCCGGGGGUACAACUUCGAGGACCUUACGGACAGAAACAUAGUUCAAGAGGACCACCCCAUUAUGUCUUUUACUGUUUCAAAGAAUGGAAGAUUAGCUUUGUUAAAUGUAGCAACUCAGGGAGUGCACCUGUGGGACCUUCAGGACCGGGUGCUGGUGAGGAAAUACCAAGGUGUGACCCAGGGCUUCUACACCAUCCACUCCUGCUUUGGAGGACACAACGAAGACUUUAUUGCCAGUGGCAGCGAAGACCACAAAGUGUACAUCUGGCACAGGCGUGGCGAACUUCCCAUUGCUGAGCUAACAGGCCACACACGCACCGUUAACUGUGUGAGCUGGAACCCGGCCAUCCCAGGACUCAUGGCUUCCGCCUCAGAUGACGGCACAGUGCGUGUCUGGGGUCCUGCCCCCUUUCUCGACUCUCAAGAGGCGGACGGACUCAACGAAAACUGCAGUAACAUGGACAGUUGAUGGUCACUUAAGGAGCAGAUGACAUCUCUCUUUAACAACAAUCCAAGAAUCCCAGAAUAAAAAACAAAACGGGCAAAUACAAAUCCAACGCCAACCUAAAGCAAGACAAGAUUGACAUACGAAAAAAGCCACCAAGACAACAAAAGAGAAAACAAAAGUGAGAAAAAUUUGUCUCCUGACUGGCCUGGAGAUAAUGAGUGGAGGUGAUGGGGGUCACUGAAAAUUCAGGUCCUCAACCAAAACCUGAUCCUGACCAAGAUGUAAACCAGUCCAUGCCCAGCGGGAUCCAACCGCCAUCCAACGGUGAGCUGGAACGGCUGUUCUCCUUCUCCAACUGACCCUUCUUCCCCCAUCUCGCUGCAUGGUCACCAACCAUGCCAGGUCCUCGCAGAGUUUCCAGGGAAACCCACCUCCACCUCGAGCUUGGAGCACAUGAAGUCCCAGUGAUGCCUCCGGACAGACACCGCAGACCAGCCGUCUAUCCUUGGACUACAUCUGUCUGCCUGUUUGUCUCUCACAUCACCUGUAUAAUGUCUCCAUGGACAUGGGUGGGGUGUUGUUGGGGGAGGAUGGUGCAUAGGGGGAUAUAGCAACUCUUCUGUAUGUGUGUUCUCCUCUUCCCCAAUCUCUUGCUAUAUUCUUCGCGUUCGAUCCGUUGGACAAAGGCCGAAAAAAAAAAAAAAAAAAAAAAUCCACCAUGAAAACACUGACCGACCAGCUGACAAAGAACACAUAAAAAAAGGCUAUGCUAAAUGUUGGAAUUUUUUUAUGAUAGUCAUAGCGUAAUUCUCAUUUAAGAGGUGAAUCUUAGCUCAAGUAGUGCCCGUGGAAAGCUUUAGCGUGAAGAUUCCACUUUGUGUUUCUCGACAUUAGGAAAAACAAACUUUUUAUUCCUUAAUUUAACUUCUAACAAGGACAGUCGCUGUAAUGUCUCCAGCUGACAGCUCCCCCCCAACCCCCCCAUCCCCUCUGUCGAGCUAGCUACCGCACAACUCCAUUACAUCUGCCUAAGAGGAGAUGGACAGAGGGAUUCACAGUUCACAUAUCAACGGUGAGAGACGUUGGUGGUGAGGUGGGGUUUCCACUGUCAGGACACAUACUCUGACCUUACUCAAAAGACACGCUUUUUGGAUGUGAAAGAGUUCAAGUGCAACUUGGAUUGCGCACAUGGUGACUGCUGUCCCUCCUCUGUGUAUGUGUGUGUGUGUGUGUGUGUGUGUGUGCGUGAAAGAGUGUGUGAGUGUGUGUGUGUGUGUGCGUGAGUGAGUGUGGCAAUUAUGCAUGCACACAUUAGUGUGAGAGUUGACAUUUCUGGGUGCAGGUUUAAUUGGCGCGUGUUUUUUUGUAUGUGUGUUCAAUUCACACCAGCAGAAGGUUCACACCCCCACCCACUCCUCCCCCGUGCUCCUUAUCCCAUAGUACAAUUGUAAAGAGGAUUUUAACCCAAUUCUAAGUUAUCCAAAGCCCCACCGGGACCUCUAUCUGUGGAACAAAGAAUACUUGAGAGCCAUUUUGUAAAAGAAAAAUCUUUUCUUUAAUCUGGGGCUUUAAUUUUAACAUAUUUUCUCUUUUUUUUUUUUUUUUUUUUUUUUUUCACCUUACCACGGGGCGUUCGAACGGCACUGAGUUAUUGGCAACGAAUCGCCUCUGUGGGUAAAAAGAAAAGGACAUUUAAAAAAAAUAGAAAAAAAAAAAAAAAGAGCAGUUUGAGUGAGGCAUGUUUCAAAAAAAAAAAAAAAAAGCUGUAAAACUGUUGUGUUAUUAGCAAAGGGUCAUUUCAUAUAUGAAGUUAAUGAUUGUAAUUACUGAACGAGAAGUUAGCACGGCCCUAGAGAGAAGAGGCACCGAUAACCAGAACCACUCUCUGACCCCACAACGUCGGGGAGUGUUGUUGUAAUCCUAAAACACACACACACACACACACACACACACACACACACACACACACACACACACACACACACACACACACACACAAAUACAAACAAAUAUACAAACUGCCUUCCUGUUCAUACAGUUGCACACAAACCUUCAGUAUGUAUGACACCCCCCACUGCACUUUGAGUGUUUUUUUUGCUCACUCUCACCUACUGCAAUGGCAUAAAUCCAUGAGCUUCUCUCAGUCUUAUGGUCGCCUCAAUAGACGUUGGCUUAAAAAGGUUGCAUUGGCAGAGACUCAAAACCUUAACAGGAGAUUGCUAAAGGAUUUGAACCCUCACGAUGCGUCCUAUGCACCCAACAGCAGUGACUGAUCAUCUUGUAGACAUUUAUAGAACUGAACCUCGGCCAUAAAAGGCAUAGCAGCCUGAUCUCGAGGGUACAACUCUUGGAGCUUAAAGAGAAUUCAGCAUUAACACACACCUCCCCCCCCCCGCCCUUGCUCUCCAGCCAAGUUAUUCAGUGGUCAGUGCGCCAUUCAAAGCUUUCUUCCUCCCUUUUUCAGGGUAUGUAAUGACUAUUUGCUACAGACUGAUAUACAGUAAAACAUGUUUAAAAUCAGUGCUUUUCUGUCUGUUUUUAUUGAACUUUUUUGUUACUUCAAUUUUUUCGUUUUGUUCACAUUAUAUCAUUUUUUGGUUGACCUCUAUCCCUGUAUGAUCAUAUUAAAAUAUAACCAGACA